GGCGGCCGGAAGCGGAAGCGAGCGGCGCUGCGGCUGCGAGGCCUUCACGGCCGCGGGGCCGCGGCCCGGCCCUUCCGCUUUGCCGCGGGAGCCGGCGGCGAGCAGCGGCGCGUUCCUCCGCGGCGCCGAGCGGCGCGACCCGGCUCGGCUCAUGGACCGGCACAAAGUGAAGCGGCAGCGGCUGGACCGGAUCUGCGAAGGCAUACGGCCUCCUCUUGUGAAUGGCCCAAUGCCAGCACGGCCACUGGUUGCGCUCCUGGAUGGAAGAGAUUGCACUGUGGAGAUGCCCAUCCUGAAGGAUGUUGCUACAGUGGCAUUUUGCGACGCUCAGUCAACUCAGGAAAUCCAUGAAAAGGUACUGAAUGAGGCAGUAGGAGCUCUGAUGUAUCACACCAUUACGCUAUCUCGUCAGGAUCUGGAGAAAUUCAAAGCUCUCAGGGUCAUUGUGCGUAUUGGCAGUGGCUAUGACAAUGUUGACAUCAAAUCUGCUGCAGAAUUAGGUAUUGCAGUUUGCAACAUCCCUUCCUCCUCAGUAGAGGAGACUGCUGAUUCUACCCUCUGCCACAUCUUGAACCUCUAUCGCCGUGUUACUUGGCUACAUCAGGCUAUGCGGGAGGGGAACCGAGCUUCAAGUGUGGAGCAGAUUCGAGAGGUGGCUGGAGGCGCUGUGCGUAUCCGUGGGGAGACUUUGGGCAUCAUUGGACUAGGCCGAGUUGGACAGGCAGUGGCUCUGCGAGCCAAGUCCUUUGGCUUCAACGUGAUUUUCUAUGAUCCCUAUCUGCCGGAUGGAGUGGAGCGAUCCUUGGGUUUACAACGAGUAGGAACCCUGCAGGAUCUACUAAUGCACAGCGAUUGCAUCACAUUGCACUGCAGCCUGAAUGAACAUAACCAUCACCUCAUCAAUGACUUCACUAUUAAACAGAUGCGCCAGGGCUGCUUCUUAGUGAACACAGCCCGGGGAGGGCUGGUUGAUGAGAAGGCCUUAGCUCAAGCCUUGAAAGAGGGGAGAAUCAGAGGAACAGCAUUGGAUGUACAUGAAUCUGAGCCUUUCAGCUUUGCUCAGGGACCCUUAAAAGAUGCACCCAAUGUGAUCUGCACCCCACACACUGCCUGGUACAGUGAGCAAGCUUCCAUUGAGUCCAGAGAAGAUGCAGCUAAAGAGAUCCGCAGAGCUAUUACAGGUCACAUACCUGAUGCUUUGAGGAACUGUGUUAAUAAGGAGUAUUUGCUGUUAGCAGCGCAGUGGUCCACUAUUGAUCCUGCAAGUGUCCACCCAGAACUCAAUGGAGCUGCAGCAUACAGGUUUCCUCCAGGAGUAGUGGGAGUAGCCACCCCUGGGCUACCAGAACCACCAGUAGUGGAAGGGAUUGUAGCUCAUGGAAUCCCUUCUGUCUCCCUCUCUGCACCACGUACCCCUUCCCCAGGAGAGACGAGUAAACUGGAUGCAGACAGAGAGAUUCCUGCUGACCAGUAGCAGCAUCUCUCUCUCCUUUCCUCUGUCAGCAGAAAAAAAUAGGAGGACAUCUCCUCCUAGGACCUUCUUUAACACCAUACAGAGACUGUUUCCUGUUCAUAUAGGACAGGAGGAUGCAUUUCAUUACUGGCAAACUUUAGCUCUUGCCUUUAUUUUAUAACCCUUUUAGUUAUUAUCUCUCAGUGAAUCUUUCCCCUUCUCUGGGGCAGGGCAGCAGUGACCUUGCCUCCCCUUGGAAAUACUUGGUUUAACCAGUGAUUUUUCCUAUAUGUCUGCCUCGAUCAUCUGUGACAGGGAACUGUCUUUAGUGCACUUGAAAAUGGGAGAGGUAGAGCUGCCUGAUCAGGAAAGGCCCUCAGUGCUCCUAAUACCAGACACCAGUGCACAUUUUUCAGUUGUGACUUGUAGCAGCUUACGUUCCAUUUGGCUGAACCUCUCAAAGAAUAGGCAUGGGAUAUAUCAGAAAAAGAUUAGGAAAUUGGAGAAGUGACUCUUGUCUGUAUUACGCUGUUGGUAGAAUGCAGCCUCAGCUCCGUGCAUUACCUUGCUUGUUUUAAUCAAGGUUUUCUGUGAGAACAGACAGCGCAGGCACUGCUUGUUCUUGACCGUAAGUUUUCUCUGUGCAGUAGUAGGUGCAAAUGUAAAAGUGACAGUCUCAAAGUCAGUCUUGUAAAUUAUUUGGAAUGGAUUAAAAAGUCACCAACUGUGUUCUGGUGGCCACUGUAUUUGCGAGGCUUCAGAAUAAUUCACUGUGGAGUUUGUGUACCUCAGAGAAGGCAAGAGAAUGCAGAAAUAGGAAAAACUUGCACUGGGAGACAGCAAGUAGCAAUAAUUUGCAGCUGCAAUUGCUGGUUCCUCGCGCACACGUACCUCAGUCUAAUUGCGCUGUUUAUUCACAAGGUAUGUUAUGUUAAAAUUCUAAGCUUUGUACUACAGAAUUUUGUAGGCAUAACUGCAUCAACUAGAAGUAACAUACCAGCGCUGGUGACCCUUGUCUCUGCUCAUGGAGAACACAGCUUUUAAGGCUUGACCAAAUUACUCUAGUUGGUGUAGCUCUGCUAGCAUAUACUGCAUCUUCAAUAGUGGGUAGAGUAAAACGGAGCUUUUUAGCCUUGUGAUACUAAAGGAGAAAGAAUACAAUUAGCUUAUCACCUGAAGCCAAGGCAGGGUUGUUACUCUGAAGCCUUUUCCAAUUUCUCUGUCCCAAAUGAUUGAGUAUGAAUCAAUUCUUUGAGGGGAGAGGAGCCUUCAGCAAAAAGGGUUCCACAGGAGAUUUUCCUUAAUUUUAAAUUUUCCUUUAAAUUUCAUCUUGUUACACUUCAGUUAUAGCCUUUCCAUGCACAAGAUGUAACAAUCCGUGAUUGAUUUAUUUCUGUUGUGUGGGUACAUUAAAGUAGGUGCUAUACA